CUGCUUCGCCACCGAGUUCCUCAACGACCUCAUGUGGCGCUCCACCCAGCGAUUCGGCGCGGCGGCAUCGCAACCGUCGCACAGUCCGGCAUCGACCUCGCCCUCUGGGACCUCAAGGGCAAGCUCCUCGAACAGCCCGUCUAUCGGCUGCUCGGCGGACCCUGCCGCGACAAGAUCGACAUCUACGUCACAUCCGACGACCUCGACUGGUCGAUGGAGCUCGGCUUCCACGCCUUCAAGGUCAGCAACCCCGUCCACUACGAAGAGGGCAUCGACGGCCUCAACAUCCUCGACGAGCACAUCGGCAAGGCGCGCGACAUGGUCGGCUACGACGUCGAGCUGAUGUACAACCCCGUCAUGUCCUUCAACGUCGAGUUCGCCAUCCGAGUCGCCGAGCGCCUGCGAAAGUACGGCCUGCGCUGGCUGGAAGAGCCGCUAAUCCCCACCGACCUCGAAGGACACAUCGAGCUGAAAAAGGCGAUAAACUGGGUGCCCCUCGCCACCGGCGAAGACCAUCACGGACGCCACGCCUUCCGCCAGCUCAUCGAGCAUCGCGCCAUAGACAUCGCCCAGCCCGACCUCAAGUGGUGCGGCGGACUCACCGAAGCCGUCAAGAUAUACACCAUCGCCGAGGCAGCCGGCAUCGCCACCAUCCCCCCACGCAGGCGCCGGCACACCCUACGGCCAGCACUUCUCCUUCGCAAUGCCCGAAUCCCCAAUGGCAGAGUUCUGGAUGGGCUCCGACCCCGGCGUCCCCCUGGAGGAAGUCUGCCCCAUACCCGGCAUGCCCAUGCCCAAAGACGGCUGCGUCAUCCCAUCCGACGCCCCCGGCUUCGGCAUGGAAAUCAAGGACGAGUGGGUAGUCCCCUGGGACCAUACGGCGGCGAUGAAGACCCCGAAAUAGAAUACCCUUCCCCAGGCAAGUGUCCCCUCUCCCCGCGGGAGAGGGCUAGGGUGAGGGGCGCCCAAAAGUCCCUUCCCCCUCGAUGGGGGAAGGCUAGGAUGGGGGUGAUGAAUCCCUUUAUCGUUUCGUACCCUACCAACCCAGAAGGAUGCAGAAAUGGACAGUCAGCCAGAAACAUCCACACGUGA